AUGCAGAGAAACAUCUCAGAAUUCAUUCUUUUGGGACUUUCUUAUGAUCAGAACAUACAAAUAUUUUGCUUUGCACUCUUCUUUUUUUGUUAUGUUGCUCUCUUGGUAGGAAAUCUUCUAAUCCUUGUUUCCAUUGGAUGUACUCCUCUUUUUCACCAACCAAUGUAUUAUUUCCUCAGCCAUUUGUCCUCUGUGGACAUCUGUUAUACCUCUAGUGUUACACCCAAAUUAAUUGGUGACCUGCUAGCGGGGACAAAAACCAUCUCUUAUGAUAAUUGCAUGUUACAGGUUUUUGCCAUGCACUUCUUUGGAAAUACUGAGGUAUUCAUUCUUACUGCCAUGGCAUUUGAUCGCUAUGUUGCCAUUUGUAAACCUCUCCACUACAUGAUUAUCAUGAACAGGACAAAGUGCAAUCUCCUAGUCUUUGCUGCUUGGGCGGGUGGGGCUAUCCAUUCCCUUCCUCAAUUAUCUAUGACAAUCCGGUUACCCUUCUGUGGUCCUAAUGAGAUUGAUCACUACUUUUGUGAUAUCUUCCCUUUGCUAAAAGUUGCCUGUACUAAUACCUACGUCACUGGUGUUCUUGUGGUUGCCAAUUCAGGUAUGGUUGCCUUAGUUACUUUUGUUGUCUUAUUUGUUUCUUAUGUCAUUAUAUUAUUCACUUUAAGAAAUCACUCGGCCGAGGGAAGACGCAAAGCUCUCUCUACCUGUGGGUCUCAUAUCACUGUGGUAGUCUUAUUUUUUGCGCCUUCCAUAUUUGCCUACCUUAGACCUCCUAUGACUUUCCGUGAGGAAAAAGUAUUUGCACUUUUUUACACAAUCAUUGCACCUAUGUUCAAUCCCUUAGUCUAUACUCUGAGAAAUACAGAGAUGAAAAACGCCAUGAGAAAAGUUUGGUGUCAAACAUUAUUUUCAAAGGAAGUACAUUAA